UGAAAAAUGGAUUGUUGGUGGGGCUGCUACUAGUAACAGUCACGGUCUGAGAAGCUGUAACUCUAUCUCUGUUGAACAAACAGCAGACGGCAAAGUGCAUACACACAGUACUGGGAAAACAAUGACCGUAGGAAAAAAUAUUUCCAAAGUUAGUGACAUAUCCCGCGAUGAUGCAUCAUGCAGGACAGAGAAGAGGGGCAAUGAGAAAGGGGACCAGUGUGACAGAGGCAGAUGGUGGAUGGGUACUUUGAAAGAUACGCCCAUCCCUGGGAGUUACCACAUCCGGGACUUCAUUGAGGAGGCUGGCCUGAACCCGGUCCGUAGGACGUAUGGCUUUAAGGGUACGGGGAGAGACACCAAGAUGCAGAUGCGUAAGGGGGACUUGCUGCUGCCGGGAGCCUAUUGCUUCACUGACUCCACCCAGGAGGCCCUCAAAUGCCAGGCCUCCUACUCCUUUAAGAGCUGCCCCCGCCCAAAAAACUACACUCUGGGUAUCCGCGACAAGGAAAUAGACCUUUCACCAUGCCACUACAAUGUGACCCAGAAACCAGUGCCCAAGAUACCCUGCAAACACGUGAUGUUUCGUUCGGCAGUGCAGCGUGCCAGCUUUCUGCCUAGAGAGGGCCCUGCUCCUGGACAUUACAAUAUGAGGACGGGCCUGACCAAAGGAGUCACGUCCUGUUUCAGAUCCACUGUGCCCCGUCUUCACAGUGUACGCUCGAGGACUCCAGGACCGGGGACCUAUGAGCCGUCCUGGCAGAUGGGUCAGCGUCUGGGGACGGAGGCCAGCAUGGGCAGGGCCCACGGUCUCUUCUUCCGCAAUGUCUUCUAGAUCGUCCAACAAGUGUCAUCCAGCCAUCCCUUUUUAUGACUCCCUAGUUCCCCCACUUCUACUGUCUGAUAGAAUGCACGUGACACUGGGUGAUCAUGUCGUUUAUUUUCCCUCUGAGUAAAGAACCCUGAUUUCGUUGUCAAAUGCACUUGACUACAUUUACCCACGAACGCAUCUCUUAUUAUUACCAGACACAUAGGCCUACCAUUAUCAAAUGCAUUUGUUUUGCCUUCGUCAAUUUUAGAGACACUAACCAGGGAAACGAAACAAUAUUCAUCUGCAUUGCAACCCUGGUUGACUGAGGGCUGGAUUCAAUCCGUAGAAGAUCGGUGUUAGAGCGGGAUUGAAAUUUAAAGCCAGUGUUUUCAUGGAGACUGUAUUCACGUUAAACGAUGCAUAUCUCGGCUCUAUCGAACAUUUCCUAAAAAUGUCCGAUCUUCGGCACUACGGAUUGAAUCCAGCCCUUUGUACUUCUGCCUACCCCAGUUUCUCUCCCUCUCUCUCUGCUGGCAGCCUGUCUGGCAGGCUGUUGUGCCUCCACACUAUCUGCUGUGCUGUGCACUCGUGAGUGAGGGGGGAAAUGCAGUUCAGUCAUCCAUCACAUGCACAUAGCUGGCAUGCUGCACAUUCAACAUUAGCGGAGCAGCCAGUGUCACACCACGAAAGGGCUAUUCUUAUCACUACCUAUCCUUACUGUCAAUUAAAAAAACUCACACGGGAUCAUGUUGGACUCAGGUUACACUGACAUAGACCAUAGCCUUGAUAGGAAUCAGGCCUGUGGAAGGUAGGCCAAGUAGUUGUUUUUAAAAAAUUUUUUUUUUUUUUUUUUUUACAAUAGAUCGUUUUGGUCCUGGAUGCUCCGAUUGUCUGAAACCACAAGAGAAAAUACUCUUCUCUCUGUGCAGCUAUGAGAUACAAAAAAAACAAAACAGGGAGUACUUGUUCUUGACGUCUUUUGAGACAUGACUAUGUAUCUCACUCGUUCCAUUGCCCUGUAUAGAUGUCAGUUCAUAAUGUCUGCAUUCUCGCAAUAUUCCCAAACAUAUCCACAAUGUCAUUAUCUUAGCACAUCAGUUUAAACAUUCCAACACUUCACGUCCUUGUCUUCAGCUAGCGACACAUACGAGCGGCUCAAGUGUUUCAAGAGCAGGGCUCUUAUUGACGUUGUCAUUAUGUAGGGGACUAAGGAGAACACUUUGAGGCUGACAGAAAGACAUCCCUAUUAACAUGGGCUAUAAGCCUGGUCCUGUAAGUGGGUAAAUCCCUUUUGAAUUCAAUCACUUUUUGACAGAAUCCCUUUGGAUUUAAACAAAACUGUUGUUACAUGUUUGCCAAUGGAAGAAGUGCUCAGAAAGUUACUUUUUGGACAUGAAUGCCAAAACAUUCAGGAAAUAAAAGGUGCUCAAAAUUGACCCAUUUUGCAAUCCCCACCAUACCAUGAGACAUCCAUGUCUUCAUCACUGGAAAAUAUAAACAGUUGAGUUUGAUAUAAUUUAAAAGCUUACAAACAUUUCUGGAGUAUGCAUCAUCGCUGUAGGCUGUGGUCAGGUGUACACUAUAGCCAGCCACUGGUAGCCUAGUGGAUAGAGAAGCGAGCCAGAGGGUUGCUGGCAUCGUCCUAGUUACCAUCACCCUUGCACAAGGCCCUAAACACCCUACAAUUGCUCCAGGGGUGCUGCACUGCGGAUGACCCAUUGCUUGCAUUCCCUCAUGGUGUGUUUGUCUCAGGGGGUUGGCGUAUGAUCAUAAAGACACAUUUAAGUUCUC